UGUCGCCUCUUAUUCAUAUAAGUUCUUUGCCUUAAGUAGCCUUCACUUAACGUUACGUAAACAAUGAAUGAUUUCAAAAGCACUUUUCUGUGCAACCCUGUGUGAAGAAUGUCAGACCAGAGAAAAGUUGUGAAAACCAUGUAUAGGAAGCUAAAGUAAAACGUAAAUUCCAAAUUGAUUCGUAAACUGUAAUUUGUUGCUAAAAAUAAAACUAUAAACUAAAUAAUAUUGAUUUUAAAAGUGUAUUCAAUAAAAAGCAAACAAACUGAGUCAUUUCUAAAAGUUGUUAAAUUUUUCUUAAACAAAUUCAGACCAAAUCGUGGCACUUGCAUGGUACAAUGGAGAGAUAAAAAAAACAAGGAACAGUGUAAUGACAAACUCGCCAAUCUGCUCCUUGUCAACGUGUGCGUGCGUAUUUUGAAUAAAUAAAAAAAAUUAUCACCCAUUGAGCACAGGGAAGCAAAUGGACAUGUAAAGGAAAACGUGUAGUACAGAAAAAUUGCUAAAAAUAGUAACGAAUGUAAAAGUAACAAAUAAAGUGAAUAAAGUGAAAAUAUCUAUUCUCGAUUCGGCUAACAUGUACAAAAAUUUCGCAGUGUAGUAAUUAUUGAAUGUUUUAUUGAAUUGAAUAUAACAGUAGAGUAGCUUAAAGUUUAGUAGUUAAUAGUGUUUUGGGAAAAUACAAUUUUUGUGCGGCUUCUUGCGUGAGCAUCCCCUUCCCCACAAUAAGUGCACUAAGAUUGUCAAUUAAUCAAUUUUAGUUACAUAUAUAUAUUUUCUAUGUAAAACAAACAAAAAUUCUAUACUUACAAGUGCUAUAAAUUUAUGAUAACAUCGUAUUAGAAAGUUGGUGAAAAUGCUUCUUAAAUGUGCGCGCACCAGCGAAGGCGCGGCGGCAAGCAGCUCCAGUUCUUCCAUUGCGGCGAAACCCCGUGUAACAGGUAUGCGUAUGACAAUGUCAACGGCAUCAACGAUGACAGCUCGUAUUCAACGUAAAGGUUUUCGUACGCCCUCGAAACGUUAUCCGGGCAAGGCGAUACCUGGCAAAUUGCACUCAGUUUCACGGAUUGGUCCUGGUAAGUUGGUGCCGGGCAAGCGAUUCCCCCAACGACCGCAUCCACCGCCCUGCGAUAAUUCAAAUGACAGUGGUUUCGGUUUCGAUCAACAUCUUGAAGUACAACAACAACAGCAGCAACAACAAAUGCAAGGACAUCACCAUACACAUGGAGCAAGUGGUAGUGGUGCGGCCAGCAGUAGUAGCAGUAGCAGCAGCAGCAGUAGUAGCAGCAGCAGCAGCAAUGGCAGUGGCAGUCCGGGCAGCAGUGGCGAUAUUAUGCAGAGCAACAACAACACUGCCGCUAAUCUAAGCAUUGGCAACAAUAGCAACAGCAGCAGCGGUAGUAAUCAUCACGCUAGUCACCACCAUCAUCAUCAUCACCACGGACAUGGCCAUCAUCACGGCUCGGCGGCAAUGCAACAUUCAACACAUCUCAUACGUGCCAUACCGGCCUCAAGAUCAACAUCCACUAAGAAAUUACCAUUUGUCAACUCUACCGAUGAUGAAGACUAUUAUGAAGAUUUUUACACCGAUGAUUCCAAUGAUUACUAUCGCAAACGUUUGAAUUCCGAUUCGAGUAGCCAAUCACUCAGUGGCAAUAGUCUCAAUCAAUCACCCGAGCAACAACAACAACAGCAGCAGCAGCAGCAGCUAUCCAUUGUGAAGCGAAGAAAACUUGAAAGUUAUGUGGAACUCGAUAAUGAUGAUGCGUGUAGUGAAGAUGCUUUUAUACGGAAAAUCGCAAGCGCUAGCAGCACAGAUUUGGAGGUGUCAAGCGUGGAACCGGCACCGCCACCACCACCACCAACACAAACGCAACCAGCAGCGCCAACCCUAAUGAUGUUGCCCACAGUGUCGCCCACAAAAUUUAUACCUACUGGCCCACGCGCCAUGACUAGAGUAGCCCAUAAACGUCAACCGGCAGUACCGCAAAAUACUGUGGUGACUUCAUCGAAUGGACGUGUACAGUUGGAAAUUGUCUCGCAACCAGAGCAACAGCAUCGUGCAAGAUAUCAGACUGAGGGCAGCCGUGGCGCCGUUAAAGAUCGCAGUGGCAAUGGUUUUCCCAUUGUACGUCUCGCGGGCUAUAAUAAGCCGGCUGUAUUGCAAGUAUUUAUUGGCACCGAUAUUGGACGCGUUGCACCGCAUAUGUUUUAUCAGGCCUGUAAAGUGGCUGGCAAAAAUUCGACACAAUGCAAUGAGAAGAAAGUUGAUGGCACUAUGGUUAUUGAGAUUGAUUUUAAGCCGGAGUCGGAUAUGACAGUCACCUGCGAUUGCGUUGGCAUACUAAAGGAACGCAAUGUUGAUGUCGAACAUCGAUUUCCGGAUCAUUUGGCGCAAAAGAACAAAAAGAAAUCAACACGUUGCCGCAUGGUAUUUCGUACACAAUUGGCACAUGACGAUGGCACUAUGGAGAUGUUGCAAGUCUGCUCCAAUCCUAUCAUUUGCACACAACCACCAGGCGUACCAGAGAUUUGCAAAAAAUCACUCAACUCCUGUCCAGUAGAUGGUGGACUUGAACUCUUCAUUAUUGGCAAGAAUUUCCUCAAAGACACGCAUGUACUCUUUCAAGAGACCUACGAGAGUUGUCCACCAAAUGAUGUGGCAACAGAAUUAGCUGUACGUCAGCAUUUGGGCGGCGCCUUGUGGGAGCAAACUGUGCUGCCUGAUAAGGAAUAUUUACAACAAACACAUCUCGUCUGCGUUGUACCACCCUAUAUACAUCAGAAUAUACUCAAACCAGUUACAGUGCAGUUGGUAAUUAUUUCCAGUGGCAAAAAGAGCGAGCCACACACAUUCGUUUAUACGCCAAAGGGUAGUUAUACAACCUUAGCAGCUGCCACAACAUUAAGUACAGCGGCAUUACAUGGUAGCUUAUCAGCGGCACAAGAUGCCGCUACAUUUAUGGACACAUCAACAAACGAUUUGGCAACAGCAAUGGCUGGCAGUGCUGCAGCUGGUGGCGCUGGUAGCGCUGGAGGCAGUGGCAUUGGUGGUGUUGCCGCCGGUGUACUUUGGCCCACAGCCACGGAGACGAAACAUGAAAUUGAUUCCGGCAUGAUGCCACCACCGAUAACCACACAAAUGCCAAUGGGCGUACGACGUCCAUCAUUGCCCACUGUCACGCCCAUGUUAACGGAUCAACAAUUGGUGCGUUUGAAUGUAGCCGAUACACUGAAGACUGAACUGAUCGAUGAGACAUCGCAAAGUUCUUUGGCUGAGGCAAUACAAGCACCCGAUGUGGUAAUGGCCAAUUGUGGUGCACCCAUUAGUCCAACUGCAAUGCAGUUUCAUGCGCAUUACGAUCAUAAGACCGGCAUGGAUACGAUGAUGUAUGAUUCGAAUAGUAUGACUGGUUUCCCCGUAGCGGCUGUGGCAUCGCCCUCUGUGGCGGCCGCUGUUGAAUUGGCUGUAAAGACAGAAAUCGCCAAAGUUGUGGCACAACAGCAACAGGCAGUCGCUGUGGACAAAUUUAUAACUGAUUUGACCAAAUCCACCGCUGUGGCGGAUGACCCUACUGUGGCGGCCGUUGUGGAGGAGUCGCUAUUCAGUGGUGUUGGUGGCAGUGUUGGACCGGUCAUUGAUCAUCCAUUCGGUGAUAUUAUGCAACAAGCUAAUUUGCAACAGCAGGCACAGCAACAACAACAACAACAGCAGCAGCAGCCAGCUGUACUCGAACGCAGUUUAUCCAUAUCAAGCACUUCAUCGUCCAACUCGAACAGUUCGAGCGGCUCGUCACCACACACCGGCAUGAAUGGCACACUCUCCGUCUCGCCGAGUAAUUCUCUAAACGGUCAUAACUCACCCAUUACACAAGAUAUUAUUUUGAACUCUGAACCAGCUGCAGUACUAAACGCAAUGCCAAUACAACAACUCUUGCCCACACCUUUGGGUGGCAGCGUCGCCGCGGUAUCUCCAAAUGCCGUCGUCGAAGCAGCCGUUGCUGUGCAGGGUGCAGCCGCCGGUGCUACAGUUACCGAUCCCAGUGGUGGCAUCUCCACUGAGAUGAUAAUGAAUCCCGCCGUUUCACCGUCCACUAUUUUGUGUUCAGCUAAUGGUGCUGCCACCGCUGUGGUGCCCAACAUAAUGGCGCCCCAUCAAGUCACCAUGGCCAAUUCGAUAUUGAAUGAUAUUGCCAUGCAACCACAGCCCACACAACAACACGCAACCGUCGCAGCACUUGCACUCAGCAACAUAAUAAUGAGUCCGACGAGUGCUCCAGGUGCCGUGGUGGAUGAUGUGGCUAGUGUGGAGCAGACUGUUGAGCAGCCGGCCGAUGUUACGGUCGCCACCUCGACUGCCGUUAGUAAUUUGAUUAUUAAAGCCGCUGCUGAUUUGAUUUCCACGCAAGAAAAACAAGCAUGCUUGCAACAACAACAACAGCAGCAGCAGCAACAACAGCAACAGCAGCAGCAGCAUCAUCAUCAACAGCAACAACAACAACAGCAUCACCAUCAUCAUCGUCAUCAUUCACAGCAAAGCCAACAACAAGUACAACAUCACGCACAACAACAGCAACAGCAGCCGCCACAACCACCAGCACAAGCCCUAAUAAAUGGUGCAGCUGUGGCAGCGGCUGCCAACACAAGUCCUCUGGUGAAUUUACUUCUGAAUCACCCCGACGCGCCGCCAUCGGCAGCCGUUGCAGCUGCCGCAGUUACCGAUGUUCAAACCCAAUUCUCAAUGGGCAUACCUCCCACUGCACCGCAGGAAUCUCUCAUCGUCGCUUUGGCCACCGAAAACUCGCUGCAAAAAUCAGUAGCCGCCGCGGCUGUGACUACAAACGGCGCUGUUGUCACUCAACAAACGUCUGCAGCUGCGGCGGGCAUUAUUCCGGGCGCUGCUGUUGUACCUGUGCCGCUGCCGCAAGAGUUGACCACCAUGUCAGAUCAAGAUUUGAUUAGCUACAUUAAUCCAAGCACUUUUGAUCAAAUCUAAUCAAAUUGCGGUAAAUCGAAUUUGAAAAACGCAAAGGAAGGAACGAGUGGCGUUCGUAGCUUUUAUAUACCGCUGCUGGCACUCAGAGGCAUUGAUUGGUGAGGUAGAGAAAGGUGGUGCAUGGCUAUAGCAGUACACUGCGCAAAUAGGCUACGCAGAAAGUCGCAUGGGCAGCAAUAAAUAGUUUAAAUUUAGACAUUGUGCCACACAAAACACACAACGAAAAAAAAAGAAAAUGCCGAAUGAUGAGAGGAGUUGUGAGGCAGGAGUCAUGGCAGCUGCAUGCUAAAUUAAUAUAAAACAGAACAAAAAAAACAAACAAUACAUUCAAAAAGCACACCAUUUCAUGCACAUGCGCAUAUUAUUAUCAACACACUCAUACAAGCACAAACACACACACACAAACAAGUGGAACUAAAAAUUAAUCGAUGUGUGAUUGUUAAAUUGCUGUGGAAAAUAAAACUUAAAACUUUGUAUGUAUUUGUCGUAUUUGAAUGUUGAAUGAGAAAAAAAAAAAUGAUUUGAAAAUGUGCUAAAUUAACGAAGGAUUGUAUAUGGAAUUUUAUUUGUUGUAUAAGAUUUGUUUGAAGAAAGAAAAAACGGCGCUAUAAACAAGUCAAGUCUCAAGUGCUGUAAGCACACAAUAAAAAAACAAAAAACAAAAAAAAA